AUGGCCUCUAUUCGCGUUCUUUCCUUCGAUGCUGAGGGCCGUCCCGUGCAGUUCACUUCCUGGCUCGAUGACCUGCAGUUGUAUCUUAUGAGCAAUAGCACGGACCACAUCUCCCUCUAUGACUACGCGUCUGGUGCUGCCGCUGCUCCUGCUGCCACAGCCGAGCUUAGUGUACGUUCACAGUGGCAGACUCGUGACGCUGCAGCUCGCCUGGCUAUUCGCAGUCACCUGCCGUUAGCUGAGCUAGAGCACUUUGGCGACUGCAAAUCCGCUAAGGCCCUAUAUGACGCUGUCGUUGCUCGCUACUCCUCACCUGCCACAGCCGAGCUUAGCCGUCUCAUGCUGCCUUACCUGUUCCCUGACCUGUCCACCUUUGCUACAGUCGCCGAUCUUAUCACCCACCUUCGCACUAGUGAUGCUCGCCUGCGUGCCGCCCUUCCCACCGAGUUCUGCGCUAAGAACCCCCCUCCCCUGUACUGGACACUCCACUUCAUAGUCACCCGUCUCCCUGACACCCUCAGCUCAGUGCGCGACUAUUUCCUUGCACGCUGUUCCACUGAGCUCACUGUCGCCCUCCUAGAGGAGAAGCUGCUAGCAGCCGAGAAGAGCAUUGUGGCUGUUGGUGCUGCUCGCGGCGCUCCUCGCACCCCCAUCUUUGAGGGGUGCUCUCCCUCUCCCCUCGCUCCCUCCUAUGCUACUGCUGCUGCUGUUGACUUCCUUGGUGCUGAGUCUGCUGGCGCUGCUUCUGCUCCUGGUGGGAGGCGCCGCACCGGCAAGGGCAAGGGGGGCAAGGGUGGCGGGGGUGGCGCUGGGGGGGGAGGGGGUGGGGGAGGUGGGGGGGGAGGCGGUGCUGGAGGGAGCGGUGGCGGGAGUGCCGGUGGGAGUGGGGUCGGUGGUGGAGGCGGGGGCGGCGGCGGGAGCAGUGGCGGUGGUGGCAGCGGCGGCGGUGGCGGCGGUGGCGGUAGUGGCGGUGGCGGUGGCGGUGGUGGCGGUCGGAGCGGAGGUAGUGGCGGCGGUGGAGGUCGGAGUGGAGGCACCGGCUCGGGCCAGAGCUCCCAGCAGCAGCAGCGUCCCCAGUCGACCCAGCAGCUUCGUGAGUGGCUUGCUCAGCGUGGGACGUCGGGGGGCAGUGGCCGCUGUUCCUAUGUCAUUCGCACAGGUGAUCGCAAGGGGCAGACGUGUGGAAAGUUCCACACUCAGUACCGCUGCUUCUUCCGCCUUGACGACGCUUGGCGUGAGGAGAUGGGCGAGGAUGUUGAGCGCCCUCGCUGGGCUGAGCUGAUGAGGGCUGGUGUUGAUAUCUUUGCUCUUGACUAUGAUGCUAUUAUUGCUGCCAUGUAUGCAUUGACUGUUAGUGCCGAGGGAGACUGUUACUUGUGUGUGCCGCCUGACCCAGGUAUAGAGCCCGCUGCCCUAGGUGCUAGUGAGUCUGCUCUCUCUGGUAUGGUGCCCCCUGUACCUGCUCCCUCCAGUGCUGUCCCGGCUGUUUGCGAGUCUGCUCUCUCAGGUACAGCACCCACAGAGACUGCUCUCUCAGGUACCGCACCGGCUGAGGCCUGUCACACCUUCACCCUUGACUCAGGUGCUUCCCGCUGUUUCUUUCGUGACAGUACUGAGCUCACACCGCUUCCUGCACCGGUCCCAGUCUCCUUGGCUGACCCCUCUGGGGGCCCAGUCCUUGCCCAGUCCACCACUGUGCUCCCUUGUCCGGCGGUUCCGUCUGGCUCGUUGACGGGUUUCCACCUCCCCUCGUUCUCGACGAACCUGGUGAGCAACGCUGUCAUCCAGGAUCAGUGGGUUGACACCUUUACCCCUGGAGGACAGCGUGUGGCGAUCUGCACGUGCUCCAGGACCGGCCGUCACCUGGCUACGUUUACCCGUCGGCCGGGGUCGAGUCUCUACACACUGACCACUGCGUCUCCUCAGGUCGCUGCUGUUGGUCAGGUGUCUGCGUCAGGUCUGGUAGCCCACGCCUGUGAGUGUCGUUCCCUGUCGCACCAGACUCUUCUCUGGCACCACCGCCUGGGUCACCCCUCCUUGCCACGCCUUCGUGGCAUGCACCGUCGCCACCUUGUGUCUGGUCUUCCCAGGUCCCUCCCUCCCCUCCCUGCCUCGCCUGCGCCGCCUUGCCUUCCUUGUGUCGAGGGGCGGCAGCGCGCCGCUCCUCACUCCUCCUCGUUCCCCCCGACAGAGGCUCCUCUGCAGACCCUCCACCUGGACGUGUGGGGCCCAGCCCGCGUUCGUGGUCAGGGCGGUGAGCGGUAUUUUUUGCUGGUUGUCGACGACUACUCGCGUUACACCACGGUCUUCCCCUUGCGCACCAAGGGUGAGGUCCCUGCUGUUCUGAUCCCUUGGAUCCGCACAGUUCGUCUCCAGCUCCGCCGCCGUUUCCGGACGGAUCUUCCUGUCCUGCGUCUGCACUCUGACAGAGGUGGUGAGUUCUCCUCCGAUCUCUUGAGGACCUUCUGUCAGGCGGAGGGCAUUGAGCAGACCUUCACGCUUCCGGACUCCCCACAGCAGAAUGGGGUUGCUGAGCGCCGCAUUGGCCUGGUCAUGGAGGUCGCUCGUACCUCCUUGGUCCACGCGGCGGCUCCCCAUUUUCUGUGGCCAUUUUCUCGGUACGCCGCGCAUCAGCUCAACCUCUGGCCCCAUGUCUCCUUGCCGGAGACCUCGCCCACACUGCGUUGGACGGGGGAGGUUGGCGAUGCGUCGCGCUUUCGGGUGUGGGGUGCUCAUGCCCUUGUCCGCGAUACGUCCGCGGACAAGCUCUCCUCCCGCACGCUUCCCUGUGUCUUCCUUGGCUUUGUCCCUGACGCGCCUGGCUGGCAGUUUUACCACCCCACCUCGCGCCGGGUCUUCGCCUCUCAGGAUGUCACCUUUGACGAGUCGGUCCCUUUUUACCGUCUCUUCCCCUACCGCACUGCCCCCCUCCCUCCCCCGCCGCUUUUCCUUGCUCCUGGCCCCCCUCCGGUAGACCCCCUUCCCCCUCAGGGUCCUGCUCCUUCAGGUGUCUCUCAGGUAGACCCUCCUCCCGUCGCUGAGCCUGUCGAGGUCACAGGUGACUCAGGUGCUGCUGCAGGUGGUACAGCUGGGAGUGCUGGGCCUGGGAGUGCUGGGACUGCGGGUACUGGAGCUGAGGGUACUGUGCCUGAGAGUUUGCCGCCUGGGGGUGCUGAGCCUGGGGGUGCUGCGACUGGGGGUGCUGAGCCUGCGUGUGCGGAGUCUGGGGGUGCUGAGUCUGGGGGUGCUGAGCCUGCGGGUACUGAGCCUGGGGGUGCUGCUGCUGAGCCUACGGAGCCUCGGGUUGCUGCGUCUGGGGGUGCUCCGGUUCGGGGUGCUGAGCAGUCUCUCACACCGCAGCAGCUUCGUGACUGGUACGUCCGGCGCUUCCGCCGUCCUCGUGGCUCGGCUGGAGUUGGGGGUGCUGGAGCUGCUCGUCCUGGGGGUACUGGAGCUGCCGGGACUGGUUGUUCUGGGAGCACUGCGACUGGAGCUGCUGGAGCUGGGGACCCUGGCGCUGGCGGUGCUAGCGGAGUUGGAGCUGCCGACUCUGGGGGUGGCGCUGCUGCUGGUGCUGCGGACCCGCCUGGUGGAGCUGCUGCUGGAGCUGAGGACCCGAGCGGUGGCGCUGCUGCUGGUGCUGGGGACCCGGACGUUGGAGCUCCUGCUGGUACUGAGGACCCGGCCGCUGGAGUCUCUUCUGCUUCUGGAGACGCUGCGCGGCCGCGACCGUACUUCGUACCGCUCCUUCAGCAGGUUCUUGGGCAGGCUCCUCCUCCUUGUCCUCCUCCCUCCGUCGAGUGUCCUCCGCCUGUCCAGCCGCAGUCACAGUUACCGCCUACCUCGCCUCUCCCUGCUCCCUCUCCUUACACUGGUCCCACAGGAGGUCUUACAGAGCGUCGUGAGCCUGAGUCUCGUCCUGCGUCGCCUGUUCGUCCUGCUCGCGCUGGUAUUCGUGUCCGUCGUGAGCGUCCUCCUCCUGUCCCAGGCACUCACUACAUGACUCUGCGUCCCUCUACUGCUCCUCAGCGUGUCCCUCUACCGUCUCCUCCUGCGUCCUCUUUGCCUGCCGUUCCGGACCCUGAGUCUGACCGGUAUCGCGCUGAGCACCCUACAGUCACGCGUCUCCUAGCUACUGUUGUCACUGACCCUACCUUUGAGUCCUCUGCUGCGUCUGCUCUGGUCGCUGAGUUGGUUGACUUUGCUGCUGCCUGUCGUCUAGACUACGCUGCCAGCCUUGUUGCUGAGCCUGAGUCUGCGUCUGUCUGUCCUCCGUCCGUCGGGGGUGAGUGUGCUCUUGGCACGGACGUCCUUGAGGACAGGCAGGAGGACUUUGACUCUCUUGCGGCUGCUGUACCUCAUCUCGUGGCCUGGUUGCUUGCCCCUGAGGGAGACCCGGAUGCACUAGACAUCCCCACUCCGCGCACUUACGCAGAGGCGAUCUCGGGUCCCUACUCCUCUCAGUGGCAGACAGCCAUGGACGCAGAGAUGGCAUCCUGGAAGUCCACAGGCACCUACGUCGACGAGGUUCCCCCUCCUGGGGCGAACAUCGUCGAUGGCAUGUGGAUUUUCAGGGUGAAGCGGCCGCCAGGUUCUCCGCCUGUCUUCAAGGCUCGUUACGUUGCUAGAGGCUUCAGUCAGCGUCAGGGGGUCGACUUCUUCCAGACCUUCUCCCCCACCCCGAAGAUGACCACUCUUCGGGUUCUGCUGCACGUUGCUGCUCAGCGUGACUACGAGCUUCAAUCUCUUGACUUCAGCACAGCGUUCCUGCAGGGCAGCCUGCACGAGGAGAUCUGGCUGCGCCGCCCACCUGGCUUUACUGGGUCGUUUCCUCCUGGUACCCAGUGGAGCCUCCGCCGGCCAGUCUACGGUCUCCGCCAGGCGCCACGCGAGUGGCACGACACACUGAGGACUACACUUGCGGCUCUUGGGUUCGCGCCGUCUACUGCUGACCCGUCGCUGUUUCUGCGCACAGACACGUCGCUGCCGCCGUUCUACAUCCUCGUCUACGUCGACGACUUGGUCUUUGCUACUGCUGACACUGAGGCACUCGCUCGUGUGAAGUCGGAGCUGCAGAAGAGACACACCUGCACUGACCUGGGUGAGCUGCGUAGCUACCUUGGCUUGCAGAUCACCCGGGACAGAGCUCGCCGCACCAUCACCCUGACUCAGUCACACAUGGUGCAGCAGGUCCUUCAGCGCUUCGGCUUCCAGUUCUCCUCACCACAGGCCACACCUCUGGCUACCAGCCACUCGCUCUCAGCUCCACCUCCGGACGAGUCCGUAGAGCCGAGUGGCCCGUACCCAGAGCUUGUGGGCUGCCUCAUGUACCUGAUGACUUGCACGCAACCUGACCUCGCGCCUGGGAGACACAGGCGAGAGCACUGGGAGGCUGCUAAGAGGGUGCUGCGCUACUUGUGCAGUACAUCAGGCAUGGGGCUGGUGCUUGGAGGACGCGACAGAGUUGUCCUCACUGGCCACUCGGACGCUUCUUGGGUGGACGACCUGGCUACGCAGCGGUCGUCACAGGGUUACACCUUCAGCCUUGGCUCUGGUUCUGUCUCGUGGCGGUCCACCCGCUCUUCCUCUGUUCUCGGCUCUAGUUGUGAGGCUGAGAUCUACGCCACAGCCAUGGCUGCACAGGAGCUACGCUGGCUCACCUACCUGCUGACUGACUUGGGAGAGCGGCCUAGUUCUCCUCCAGUUCUGUACGGUGACAACAAGGCGGCUCUUGCCUUGUGUCAGGAGCACAGACUGGAGCACAGGACGAAGCACAUUGCUCUUCGCUACUUUCUUGCUCGAGAGCUUCAGCAGCGCGGUCAGCUUCGGCUUGUGUACGUGGACUCAAAGGCCAACACUGCUGAUAUCUUCACCAAGGCGCUCCCGCCUAGUGAUCAUCAGCGGCACUGUACUUCUUUAGGCCUUGUGUCCACGUUUCCUCACUUGCUCACUGCUUGA